AUGACAGAACUAGACGCUAGACUCGGCAGGUUGCUAGAAGGGAGGAAGGACAAGAACAGAUUCAGGUCGUUGAAGGAGUAUGAUACAUCGCCAGAUUCGAAUCUAGUCGACUUUUCAUCGAACGAUUACCUAUCUCUAACUUCCUCUUCUUCUCUCCGCCGAUCGUACCUCUCUCGGUUAUCCUCUACUACCUCGAUAUUCGGUUCCACUGGCUCCCGACUUCUAAGCGGCUGUACACCUUCGCAUUCAUCCCUCGAGAAGCGAUUCCAAGAAUUCUUCAACUCGCCUUCAGCGCUGCUAUUCAAUUCGGGAUGGGACGCCAACGUUUCUUUCUUCUCUACCGUACCGCAGUCGACAGAUUGGGUAAUAUACGAUGAACUGGUUCAUGCGAGUGUGCAUUCUGGUUUGAGAGCUUCGAGAGUACCCUUAGAUCGUAGAAUCCCAUUCGAUCAUAAUGACCCACAAUCCCUCGAAGAUGUCUUGAAGAGGAUAACCAGUCAAGGUAGUUCGACAGAUAAAUCUACGGUGUUUGUUGCUAUAGAAUCUCUCUAUUCGAUGGACGGUGAUUUCUCACCUUUACCCUCUCUACUGGAUACACUAGAAAGAUUCGUACCGAGAGAAAGACAAUGCGUAGUGGUAGAUGAAGCUCACUCCACUGGGGUGUAUGGAGCAAAAGGAAGAGGUAUAGUCCAUGCGCUGGGUGAAGAAGCUUCCGAGAACAGACGGGGAAAGGGAAGAGUAGAUGUAAGGUUGAUGACUUUUGGUAAAGCUGUGGGUUGUUCUGGAGCCGUUUUAUUAUGUUCUCCUACAGUCCGAUCAUUCUUGAUAAAUUUUGCUCGACCACUCAUUUUCUCUACGGCACUGCCUCAUUCCACUAUCAUAGCCUUAGAAUGUGUUUGGGAUGUUUUGCAGAGUGAAGAAGGUGAUCAGCGUCGACUGAGUCUGAUGUCCUUAUCGUCUUAUAUACACUCGUUGCUCGACCAGCUUCUCUCUCGAAUACCGCCUUCAGUCCUUCACCUACCACCAGACCCUAUCAUUCCUUUCCCGCAAAAUUCCUCGGUUCUUCCAUCUAAACCAGGUUCUCCAAUUUUGGGCUUAUUAACACCUACUCCACAUGCCUUAUCUGCCUUCCUGCUGGACCGAGGAUUUAUAGUCAGACCAGUCGUUCCGCCGACUGUACCCCCAGGUGGAGAACGAGUAAGAAUAUGCUUGAGAGCGGGGAUGGAGAAGACGGUAAUCAAGAGGUUGGUGGAUACUUUGGGGCAAUGGGCGGAGAUGAAACUGGACGAUGAGAAGCAGGUCAGAGCGAAGUUGUAG